AUGGUUAGUAGUAUAAUUGGUGUGGAUCUACUCUAUGAUAGCCUGAUGGGACAAGUUGGAUCUAUGGAAAAAAAAUCUGUAGAUAUUAUUGAGUUGAAGGAUGAUGAUACGGAAUUAAGUCAUAAGUUAUCGGAUCACACUGGAAUUCAACUAGAAAAAAUAUCAUACGUAGAAUUACGAUUUAUUUUGUUGCAGUGGGCACAAGAAUUCUAUUCUAAUUAUGCAAAGAAAGUUAGGUUCAUCACUAAGAUUAGGAACACCAAUUUUGACAAGACAAAAAAUGAAUUAAGGAUAUCCAUUAACCUAUCGAUACAUUAUAAUCGUGAAGGUUAUCGGGAGUCUCGAGUGAAGACAGUAUCUCGGGUAAAGAAAAUAACAACCGCAAGAUGCAGAGCAAUGAUGUACGUGAUGUUUGAUAGGCAGAAGGUUAAUUGGAUGGUGUCAAAAUUAGAAUUGAAGCAUACUCAUCCGUGUUUUUCUAAGCAAUCUGUCCAUUACCAUGAACACAUAGAACUAACCAUGCAUGCCAAGUGUGUGAUUGAGGACAACGAUGAAGUUGGUAUACUGCUUAACAAGAUGUAUCUCGCACUGGCGAAUGAAGUUGGUGGGUCGUCGAAUUUGAGUUACUCAAAAAAGGAUGUGAGGAAUUACAUUACAAGUAAUCUGCGUUGUGCUGAAGAAAACGCUGAUGUUAAGGAAAUGUUGAGCUAUUUCUUGCGAAUGAAAGAUAUCAACCCAAAUUUAUUUUAUGUAGUAGAUAUCGACGCAGCUAACAAGUUUAGGAGUACGCUCUGGGUAGAUGCAAGGUGUAGGGCAUCCUACAAAUAUUAUGGAGAUGUGGUGUCGUUUGAUACAACAUAUAGUAGAAACAAGCAUGGACUACUGUUUACAUCUUUUGUUGGUGUCAACCAUCAGGGGAAGUCCACUCUGCUUGGAUGUGCUUUGUUGGGAAAUGAGAAAAUACGUAGCUUUGAGUAG